AUGGUUCGACAUAUUAUAAUGGAAUAUUCUGUAGUUGGAUCACAAAUCAGGGAGUCAAUAUAUUACUGUUGUGUUUGUUGUUUUACUAAGCACAUUAACAUCUUAUUGUGUGAGUGGUGUGGACUUUGCCAUGCUUUGUUCUUACAUGUACUGAUAUUUGAUUUACAGACCGGAUCAUUAGUGUUGGAUCAUGCAGAUGAACGUGCGUUGGGACUUCAUUUACUACAAUUUUCUGAGGUUGUUGAGGAGGCCUGUUCUAAUCUGCUGCCUAAUGUUUUGUGUGAAUACCUUUACAAUUUAUCCGAAUACUUCACAAAAUUUUAUUCGAAUUGUCAGGUUGUUGGGUCAGCCGAGGAAACAAGCAGACUUUUACUAUGCGAAGCAACAGCAACAGUUAUGAGGAAAUGCUUUUAUCUUCUUGGGAUUGUACCCGUUUACAAGAUAUGACUGUUUAAAUGUGUAACCCGUUAUAAAGGGUUGUAAGUUAUUCGCUUCAUUUAGAGAUUGUAUACAGAAUAGCACUUUUGGCAAAUUUUGGUUGGAAAAUUUGGCCAGGCAAUUUAUAAGAAAGUCAGAUUUUGAAUUUGUAUUA